ACUUCCGGCUUGGGCCUGCAGAGUGGGAAGAGCCGUUAGCUGCGAACAAGGCGCGUGUCUGCGCGUGAGUUGUCGCGGUGGCGGUUGUCAUGGCAGCGGCCGGGCCCGGAGGAGGCGAAACGGCCUCCGCUGCAGACAAAGGCGGCGGGGGAGAGGACCGGGGGAGCCCCCCCGGCUCGGACCCACGACGCCUGGGGCCGGGGGGGCGAGAGGAAGAGGAGGCGCCGAGGCAAGGCAGCGCGGGGGGCCCGGGCAGCCAGAGCCGCUCGUCCUCGUCGCCGACCUGUCGCGAGGCUGAAGUCACCGUGGAGAUCGGAGAGACCUACCUGUGUCGGCGAGGGGACGGGACGUGGCAUUCUGCAGAGGUGAUUCAGUCUCGGCUCAAUGAACAAGAAGCCCGAGAGGAAUUUUAUGUUCACUAUGUAGGAUUCAACCGACGUCUGGAUGAGUGGGUGGAUAAGAACCGCCUGGCCCUCACCAAGACAGUCAAAGAUGCUGUGCAGAAGAACACUGAUCAAUACAUGAAUGAACUUUCUGAGCAGCCAGAGCGCAAGAUCACUCGCAAUCAGAAGCGCAAACAUGAUGAAAUCAACCAUGUCCAAAAGACUUACGCCGAGAUGGAUCCGACUACAGCAGCUUUGGAGAAGGAACAUGAAGCAAUCACCAAAGUGAAAUAUGUGGACAAAAUCCAUAUUGGGAACUAUGAGAUUGACGCUUGGUAUUUCUCACCAUUCCCAGAAGACUAUGGGAAGCAGCCCAAGCUGUGGAUCUGUGAAUACUGCCUCAAGUACAUGAAGUUUGAGAAGACUUACCGCUAUCACCUUGGGCAAUGUCAGUGGCGACAACCACCAGGGAAAGAAAUCUACCGCAAAAACAACAUCUCAGUAUAUGAGGUGGAUGGCAAAGAUCACAAGAUUUAUUGCCAGAAUCUGUGUCUUUUGGCCAAACUAUUCCUGGAUCAUAAGACCCUCUACUUUGAUGUGGAGCCCUUUGUCUUCUACAUCCUUACUGAGGUGGACAGGCAAGGAGCCCAUAUUGUUGGCUACUUUUCCAAGGAGAAGGAAUCCCCGGAUGGAAAUAAUGUGGCUUGUAUCCUUACCUUGCCCCCCUACCAGAGGCGGGGUUAUGGGAAAUUCCUCAUUGCAUUCAGCUAUGAGCUCUCCAAACUCGAAAGCACAGUGGGAUCCCCCGAAAAGCCCCUCUCAGACCUUGGCAAGCUGAGUUACCGUAGCUAUUGGUCGUGGGUGUUGCUAGAGAUCCUUCGGGAUUUCCGAGGCACUCUUUCCAUCAAGGAUCUCAGCCAGAUGACCAGCAUCACACAGAAUGACAUCAUCAGUACCUUGCAGUCACUGAACAUGGUCAAGUAUUGGAAGGGGCAGCACGUCAUCUGUGUCACUCCAAAGUUGGUUGAGGAGCAUCUCAAAAGUGCUCAGUAUAAGAAGCCUCCUAUCACAGUGGAUUCUCUCUGCCUGAGAUGGGCACCUCCCAAACACAAGCAAGCCAAGAUUUCCAAGAAGUGAAGGAAAAACUGACCUGAAGAACUGAAGGGGCUUGGCCUCAGUACACAUCCGCUUUCUAUUUUAGAAGAUGUUCAGUAAUUUAGCAUUGAUGCCAGUCUUGUACUGAAUGGGCACAGGUGGGUUGGGGGAAGGACAGAUGUUAUUGAGCGUUGCAGAAACUGUCCCAGUGGGUUCAUUUGAAUGAAGACUACUUAUUUGUCCCCUUUUUUCUUCCGUUGCUUGAUAUUGAACUCCAUUUCUUUCCUUCCUGCCCAACCUGGUAUAUUGCUCCUAAGAUAGAACUGGUGUCCUCACUCUUAUAAUAAGAAACAGAUAGAGUCCUCCUAUUAUUUCUUAUUGACCUGGAGCUAUUGACAGUUCUAACCUACCCUAGCUAGAGACUCUAGGGCACUGCUACUCCAGAAUCAAGCUGGUCAUAAAUAUGGCAGAAUCUUGGUGGAACAAGAUCUGAGCAGUAAACGAACACGUGGGUUGGAUAUUUGAGGAGCAUGUGAUCAAGAAAAGUUGGAGGCAGCAAUCACCAUCAGCAGUAUUGAAAAAUACAGAUGAUAGACUAUCUUAGGAAGGAAGAUCAGCUUCCCCAAAUGAGAGGCUGGAGAACCCAUCAAUUUUGUUCAAAAUAUUGAAAAAUCUCUCUCUUCUGUAAUCCUUGAGAAAAAACCUCUUUGGGUAGAGCUGUUGUCACUCAGUGUCUUCAAAAGGAGGCAAGUAGUUUAGAAGUCCCAUCCAAGGCCUUACAUGUUUUUAGUUAUACUAAAUAAGUCGUUUGAAUCCUUCCACUGUCACACAGCUAUGAACAGUGUGGGGAAAGAGAGCGUUUUGAAGUAGUAUCUUUUGCUCCACAGUCAACUUUAAGGUGAAUGCUGACAAAAAGAACAGAUGUAUUGGAGUUGAAUGCUUAGUAGCCGGUAGCGGGAGAGUCAAGGUUUGGGUGCCAAGACUCGGGGAAAAAGUGGAAAUAGGCACAUGUAACAGUUAAAAGUCCUGUGUCGCUUCCAGCUGUAAGGCUAUUCCAUAGUGCAGUGUGGCUUUUAUGAUGUGACUACAAGGAAGUUGACCAGUUUCUUUUGCAGAGCCUCGAAGUAAGUGGUUCUCUACGGAAACAGAAUACUGAGCGAAGUGGGGGGGAAACCUGCUUUUGCCUUAGGUGCUCUUCUAAACGGCAGCCUUUACCCGGACGAACGGACGAACUCCAGAAUGGAGAAAACUGUCUGGAGGGAUAUUGUAUUACUACUUGACGUGUCCCCUUCCAUGGUAUGAACUGCAUUUCGGUAGUGAUCAAAUGAGAAGGGGCUUUUCAAAAAGAUCAGAGGUCUCUCGAACCAAUCAAGUGGACCAAAGGGAAAAACUUGCUACUUCUACACCCAGUUUCCACGAAGGUCCUUGCGUAUGUCUAAUGCUGGGGCCAGUGAUUUUUGGGGGGGACCCUGGAGCUUGCGGUGGAUGUAUUGGGUAGAAUCAUCUAUUCAUAUAGUUGCCCUGCUGUACUUUUUGUGUGUAUACCAUAUAUAUGGUGUGUUCUGUUGAAGAAAUAUUUUAAUAAAAAACUCACAAAACAA